AUGAGGAAGUUUAGAACAGCUGAUUAUAGUCAGUCGCCAACCAUAUGCGAAACUUCCUCAUUGGAAGUUUGUGGAGAUCGUGCCAACGGAUACAAUUUCGGCGUGCUGACAUGUGAGUCCUGCAAGGCGUUCUUUCGUCGCAACGCUAUGAGAGAAGAAGAGGUAAGAUGCCCAUUUUCAAACAACUGCGGCAUAACAUCGGCUUCUCGUCGUUUCUGUCAGGGAUGCAGGCUGCGAAAGUGCUUAGAGGUGGGUGUAUUGUUUUUUAGACUUUCCAGACCACCGGCAUUUUGUGAAUGUAUUUGUACUUGUGGAUUUUAUCCGCCAAACACCAGUCUAACGGCUCUCGACUCUAUCAAGGUUCUUACGAAUGAACCGUUAAAAGCUCCGCUUGAUCUGUGUAUUACUAACGAAUUAACACUGAUGGAUGUGGUCAAGAUCAGCGAAGCGGCUCUGAAAAGAAUAGUCUGCAUGGCAAGGGACUUGUCCGCUUUUCAGUCGCUCGAAAUCGAGGAUAAGAAGAAUAUUAUGAAAGGUAUUGAACUUCUGAUUCUACGAGGCGUGAUGGCAUUUGAUCCAAGUAAGAACACAUGGAACCAUUUCUUUAAGAAGGUCAAGAACUAUUGCUGGAGAUCUUCCAGGAGCGCUUUGAUGUGGAAAAUAUUGAGGAGUAACAAAUCAACUCACCAUAGCCAAACAGUCUCCUGCGACCAAUCAAUGGCAAUUCUAUACUUGGCGCAAUGUUCUCGUGACGGGACACAAUCUCAUGAUAAUUGGCCGGCUUUCAUUGUUUCAUUUCAUUACGUGGCCUCCGAUCGGCCGUUUAGCUGCACUAAUUUUGUGAUUAGAUGCACAACCAUUUUGUAA